AUGUCUGACAACGAUCGUGUCGAAAGGACUGCAGUUAUUGUCAGUUCUUUAAUAAUUUUAAAAAAAAAGGAAGAAAAGGAAAGACGUAAACGGCUAUGGAGUCGUUCUUGGUUGCUGCGGCGUGACCAGCAAACGACUUCCUUAAAUAUGCUUUUUAAUGAACUAGAUGCAGAAGAUCCGGCCAGUUUCUCAAAUUACACGCGAAUGGAAAAUGGUAUUUGGAAUGAUUUGUUGGAAAUGGUAACACCAUAUAUAAAGAAAGAGGAUACAGUUAUGAGGCAAGCUAUAUCACCGAGAGACAGGCUUUGUAUUACAAUUCGGUACUUGGCAACAGGAAAUUCGUUUAGAGACAUUAGUUAUUCAACUCGAAUUGCACCUAAUACCAUAUCCCAAAUCGUUAGAGAAACUCUUGAAGCAAUUGUAACCGUUCUUCAAGAUCAUUUUAUAAAAUUUCCAUCUUCAGCACAAGAAUGGGAAGCUGUUGCACACAAAUUUGAGACAACAUGGAAUUUUCCUCACUGCAUAGGGGCAUUGGAUGGAAAGCAUAUAAGAUUUCGUCCAUCACGAAGUGAUGGUUCGAAAUACAGAAAUUAUAAAGGAUAUGACAGCAUAGUACUCUUAGCUCUUGCCGAUGCAGAUUAUAAAUUUUUGUUUGUUGAUGUGGGAAGAAACGGCCGUAUGCAUGAUUCAACCGUCUUUCAUACAAGCCUAUUAGGCCUAAAAAUGGAUAACAAUUCUCUCAAUUUGCCUUCUCCUUGCGAGUUAGAAUUCUAUAACACUAAAAUCCCUUAUGUGAUUGUAGGUGAUGAUGCCUUCAGCUUAAAAAGAAAUUUAUUGAAGCCAUAUCCGAAUCGAGGUCUCACAAUGGAGAAAAGAAUUUACAACUAUAGAUUGAGCCGAGCUCGUAGAGUAGUUGAAAAUGCUUUUGGUAUUCUUGUCAACAGAUGGAGAAUAUUGCAAACCACCAUACCCCUAGAUGUCAAAAAAGUUGAGACUAUAACAUACACGUGCAUAUUAUUGCACAAUUAUGUUUUAUCAAAAGCUAAUGCUCAUCAGUGGUAUGUGAGAGAUGAAUAUCGAAAUGUUAAUGAUUGUGUUAUGAACCAUUUAGAAACACAGCUACCCACAUCUCGGCAAAACUUAGAGCAGAGGUCUAAUCGAUGCAGCAAUGAUGCUUUAGAAAUUCGUGACAAAUUCUGCGAUUAUUUUAACACAGCAGGAAUUGUUCCCUUCCAAUAUUCUGCUAUUGAAAGAGGGCAAUAA